GCCGGGCCGGGCGCACGGGAGGUAGCGGAACGGGAGGACUGAGAGCAGAAGUACUGCGGAUCAGCCGGUCAUGGAGGGAACCAGGCAAACCAGGAUUUGUCGUCCACACAAGAUAAGUGAAUCCUCAAAGGUGUACAGGUGGGAUGACCACUCUAGUCUUGUUCUUCAGAGCCUGAAUGAGCAGAGGCACCGCGGCCUCUUCUGUGACAUUGUCCUCGUGGUGGAUGAACAGAGAGUCCCUGCCCAUCGGAACCUCCUCGCUGUUUGCAGUGACUACUUCAACUCUAUGUUCACCAUUGGUAUGCGAGAAGCCCACCAAAAAGAGGUUGAACUUUUUGGAGCCUCUUACAUUGGUCUCAAGGCUGUGGUGGAUUUCCUUUAUGGCAGUGAGCUGUCUUUAGAUGGAGGCAAUAUCGACUACGUGCUCGAAACAGCUCACCUGCUGCAGAUCUGGAAGGUGGUCGACUUCUGUUGCGAGUAUCUGGAGAAUGAAGUCAGUGAGGAGAACUAUUUGUACCUGCAAGAGCUAGCCUCUAUUUACAACCUGAAGCGCCUUGACUCCUACAUUGAUUCUUUCAUCUUGCAGAACUUUGGCACGCUGUCUUUCACCCCGGACUUCCUGCAGAACAUUUCCUUGCAGAAGUUGUGCCAAUACCUGGACAGCAGCAACGUGCAGCAGGAGUGCGAGCACGACUUGCUGCAGGCUGCCUUGCAGUGGCUUACCCAGUACCCGGAAAGGGAGAACGAGGCUUACCAGGUUCUGGAUAACAUUCAUUUUCCCUUGAUACCUAAAAGUGAUCUCCUCCAUCGAGUCAAGCCUGCCGUCUGCUCUCUUCUUCCCAAAGAAGCAAACUGUGAGGGGUUUAUAGAGGAGGCGGUGAACUAUCAUAAUAACGUCACGGCUCAGCCAGUGCUGCAAAACAAACGGACAGCCCUGCGGACCUGCGAGGAAAGGCUCCUCUUUGUGGGUGGGGAGGUUUCCGAACGGUGCCUGGAACUGAGUGAUGAUACCUGCUUCUUGGACAUCAGAAAGGGGCAGUGGGUAGCAGAAACCCCUCUCCCAGCCAGACGAAGUCACCACUGUGUUGCAGUCUUGGGAGGCUUCAUCUUCAUAGCCGGAGGCAGCUUUUCAAGAGACAAUGGAGGGGAUGCAGCUUCAAAUCUCCUAUAUAGGUAUGAUCCUCGCUGUAACCAGUGGAUAAAGGUUGCCUCCAUGAGACAACGCCGUGUAGAUUUCUACCUGGGAGCUAUUACCGACAUGCUGGUAGCUGUUGGUGGCAGGAAUGAAAAUGGGGCACUAUCUUCAGUUGAGACCUACAGUCCUCAGAAGGAUUCGUGGUCCUAUAUAGCAGGCUUGCCCAGGUUUACCUACGGCCACGCUGGAACAGUCUACAAGGAAUUUGUGUACAUUUCAGGAGGCCAUGAUUACCAAAUUGGCCCCUAUAGAAAAAACCUGCUCUGUUACGAUUACCGCACGGAUGUUUGGGAGGAGAAGAGGCCAAUGAUCACUGCCCGAGGGUGGCACAGCAUGUGCACCUUACAGGACAAUAUCUACUCCAUUGGUGGCAGCGAUGACAACAUAGAAACCAUGGCUCGUUUUGACAUUCUGAGUGUGGAGUCGUACAGCCCUCAAUGUAACCAGUGGACCAGAGUUGCUCCUCUGUUGCAAGCAAACAGCGAGUCAGGGGUGGCAGUUUGGGAAGGCAAGAUUUAUAUCCUCGGAGGCUACAGCUGGGAGGAAACAGUCUUCUCCAAAACGGUCCAGGUUUAUGAUAAGGAGAAAAAUAAGUGGUACAAAGGAACUGACUUACCCAAAGCAAUUGCUGGCGUGUCUGCAUGUGUCUGUGCAUUGAAACCCAAAACAGAGGACAAAAAGAAAAAGACGAAAACAAAAAAACAUCAAGAUCGAGGAAGAUGACUACUUCUGGAGAACCACCCUUUGAUGGUGGACUCCAAAAGGACCUUGUAUUUAAUCAUUUCUAUCUAACCUCGAUUCUUUCUUUUUCUUUUUAAAUGGG